AUGCCAAACUACAUGCAAAUACGGCAAAGUGCCCUCCUAUAUGGCAUGCAUGGAAGCUCGACCACCUUGUACGGCGGCUGUUUCGCGUACCUGACGGACAUCACGGAACCCGGGAGUCCCCGCACAUUCCGUAUGGCCAUCCUGGAGAGCGCCAUUGGUGUUUCGGCUAUAGUAGGUGUCCUCGCAGGUAACCUGUGGCUGGGCGUCCUCGGCGUCCCUCUCGGAUUCCAGGAGCCAUUCUGGUUCACUGUCGGGCUGACCGCGUUCUCGCUUCUGUACGCCAUUUUUGGCAUCAAGGAGACGUGCCUGAGACGUGGCGGCCAGAAGGUCUGCUCCUUGGGCAACGUCUCAGGGAUGGUGCAGCUGGUCAGGGGCUCCUUCAAGACGGGACAGUGGAAACUUGGGGUGAUCCUGUUGGUGUUCUUCCUGAACAACGGUGUGUUCGCGACGUGGCCGGGGAUCGUCACGCUGACCGUGGUCGGCCCGCCGUACUGUUGGACACCCGAUCUGCUGGGGUACUUCUACGCUGCGAUGUGCGCCGGUUUUGUGCUUGGCGUCCUGGGGAUCAAAUUACUCGGAAAAUGCCUCUCACCGUACGGACUCAUGCAUGUUGGUUUUGUGUCCGGAACAGCAGGAUUUGUUGUACAGGGGCUAGCUGUCUACACUCCAAACCGGAAUGCUGCGUUUUACUUAGGUUUGUUGGUAUACUGA